GCUGGGCCCCAACAGUCCAAAAAAGCGAACGGGCCGCCUCCUCCGAGGGGCUCGCUCUGCGCGAGGUGCUCGCCCCGUAUCUGCCAUGCAAAAACGAGGGAGCUUUAUGAAGGAAUCCGUCUUGUAAAGCCAUUGGUCCUGGUCAUCAGCCUCUACCCAAUGCUUUCGUGAUGCUGCCGCUGAUCUAUUUGGGAAGUUGGCUGGCUGGCGAGGCAGAGCCUCUCCUCAAAGCCUGGCUCCCACGGAAAAUAUGCUCAGUGCAGCCGCGUGCAUGAAUGAAAACGCCGCCAGGCGCUUCUAGUUGGGCAAAAUGCAGCCGACAACUCCGCUCGUCCUGUGCGUUCUCCUGUCCCAGGUGCUGCUGCUAACAUCUGCAGAAGAUUUGGACUGCACUCCUGGAUUUCAGCAGAAAUUGUUCCAUAUCAAUCAGCCAGCUGAAUUCAUCGAGGACCAGGCGAUUCUAAACUUGACCUUCAGUGACUGUAAGGGAAAUGACAAGCUACACUAUGAGGUCUCAAGCCCAUACUUCAAGGUGAACAAUGAUGGCAGCUUAGUCGCCCUGAGAAACAUAACUGCAGUGGGCAAGACUCUAUUCGUCCACGCCCGGACUCCCCAUGCGGAAGACAUGGCAGAACUCGUGAUUGUCGGAGGGAAAGACAUCCGGGGCUCCUUGCAGGAUAUAUUUAAAUUUGAAAGAACUUCUCCUGUCCCAAGACAAAAGAGGUCCAUUGUGGUAUCUCCCAUUUUAAUUCCAGAGAAUCAGCGACAACCUUUCCCAAGAGAUGUUGGCAAGGUAGUCGAUAGUGACAGACCGGAAGGGUCCAAGUUCCGGCUCACUGGAAAGGGAGUGGAUCAAGAGCCUAAAGGAAUUUUCAGAAUCAAUGAGAACACGGGUAGCGUCUCCGUGACACGGAACUUGGACAGAGAAACAAUCGCUACCUAUCAACUACUCGUGGAGACCAUUGAUGUCAACGGUAGAACUCUCGAGGGGCCGGUCCCUCUGGAAGUCAUCGUGAUUGAUCAGAAUGACAACAGACCGAUCUUUCGGGAAGGCCCUUACAUUGGCCACGUCAUGGAGGGAUCACCUACAGGGACCACAGUGAUGCGGAUGACAGCCUUUGACGCGGACGACCCGGCCACGGAUAAUGCCCUCCUGCGGUAUAAUAUCCGUCAGCAGACGCCUGACAAGCCCUCUCCCAACAUGUUCUACAUCGAUCCUGAGAAAGGAGACAUUGUCACCGUCGUGUCACCUGCACUGCUGGACCGGGAGACGCUGGAAAAUCCCAAGUAUGAGUUGAUCAUUGAGGCUCAAGAUAUGGCUGGACUGGAUGUUGGAUUAACAGGCACGGCCACAGCGACAAUCAUGAUCGAUGACAAAAACGAUCACUCACCUAAAUUCACCAAGAAAGAGUUUCAAGCCACAGUCGAGGAAGGAGCCGUGGGAGUUAUUGUCAACUUGACAGUUGAGGACAAGGACGAUCCUACCACAGGCGCGUGGAGGGCCGCCUACACCAUCAUCAACGGGAACCCUGGGCAGAGCUUCGAGAUCCACACCAACCCGCAAAGCAACGAGGGGAUGCUCUCCGUCGUCAAACCUCUGGACUAUGAGAUUUCUGCCUUUCACACCCUGCUGAUCAAAGUGGAAAACGAGGACCCGCUGGUGCCCGACGUCUCCUACGGCCCCAGCUCCACAGCAACCGUCCACAUCACCGUCCUGGAUGUCAAUGAGGGUCCGGUUUUCCACCCGGACCCCAUGAUGGUGACCAAGCAAGAGCACAUCUCCGUGGGCAGCGUGCUGUUGACGGUGAAUGCCACAGACCCUGAUUCCCUGCAGCAUCAGACCAUCAGGUAUUCUGUUUACAAGGACCCAGCAGGCUGGCUGAAUAUCAACCCCAUCAACGGGACUGUCGACACCACUGCUGUGCUGGACCGCGAGUCCCCAUUCGUCCACAACAGCGUAUACACUGCCCUCUUCCUGGCAAUUGACAGUGGCGACCCUCCUGCUACUGGCACUGGGACUUUGCUGAUAACUCUGGAAGACGUGAAUGACAACGCGCCCUUCAUUUACCCCACGGUAGCGGAGGUCUGUGAUGACGCCAAAAACCUCAGCGUAGUCAUUUUGGGAGCUUCAGAUAAGGAUCUUCACCCAAAUACAGAUCCUUUCAAAUUUGAAAUCCAUAAACCAACUGUUCCUGAUAAAGUCUGGAAGAUCUCCAAGAUCAACAAUACGCACGCCCUGGUAAGCCUUCUUCAAAAUCUGAACAAAGCAAAUUACCACCUGCCCAUCAUGGUGACAGAUUCAGGGAAACCACCCAUGACGAACAUCACAGACCUCAGGGUACAAGUGUGUUCCUGCAAGAAUUCCAAAGUGGACUGCAACACGGCAGGGGCCCCGCACUUCAGCGCAACCGCAGUCCUGCUCCUGUCUUUCUUCAGCUUAGCUCGUCUGUGAGAACUCCUGACAUCUGAAGCUUGACUACCAAGUUUCCAUAGCAACAGGAAAAAAAGACAAAAAAAAUCCAGAUCUGAAGAUUGCAGUUUACAGCUCUCAGACUUCACAACUAGGCCUCAAUUGUUCCAGAUUUUUGUUUUCUUUGCAAUUUUCACUUAGUCUGUACUUCACUAUUUUGACAGCAUCUCCCUUUCUCCUUUAAUUAAUGGAAUCCUCUGAAUUUUCCCUGAGUGUUUAAAGAUCAUGGCACAGAACUUGACCUUCUGGGAGGAGGAACAAUGGCUACUCUUCCUGAUGUGUUGCCAUGUUGCUAGUCAGCACUCCACACAUCCAGUUUGGUCUGUGGGUUAGUAUUUGUAUAUGUAUGUGUAUCUAUACGUGUAUAUACCCAGUAUUUAUAGAGACAGACUCUACAGGAGAAGCUUGGUUUUGGUAUGUCACCCUUCCUUGAGAGGUUAAGCAAAGAAGGGGUAGAAGCUAUAGCAGCUGACCCCACCAGGGCCUCAGCACCAAGUUCAGCACUAGAGCAGACCACAGAGCUGACGCUUCUCCACCAACCCACCAGCCAGGCAGGUCCGCAGAGGGGGAGAGCAGAGACAGAGCCCUUUCUCUUUAGAAUGAGGACCAUGACCAGUUUUCACUGCCAUCCUAUGUGAUGGUGAUCCUGAGCGAGAGAGGUGAGGAGCAGAGCUGGACAUUUUACCAUCAAAUGCAUGGGCAUCUAUCUAUCUGCGUUUGUAACUGUCCAGAAUCCACAUUCCCAGUGGGUUUUCUGGGGACCCGGAUCGUGAUAGAGAAUCUCGCCCUCCCGGGCAUAUGUACAACAGCGAAUGUCAUCGUGGAGGUCAUACAUGCAUCCGAAGAGGUCAUCAGGUACCAUGUGUAUACAUAUAUCUGCCCACAUGUACAGACAUACAUUUAUGCACAUACACACCAUUCAUUUCAUAUAUACAUGCAUACAAUAGAGUAAAUACAGGUAGUUUUAAAAGUACCCUUUUGUGUGAAUCGACGACCGUCGUUUGCAAACCUGAAAAUAAAAGAUGUUCAUUAUGUAUGAAAAGUAAUUGAUUUUUAUUCUGUGAGCAUGUGAAAGUAAGAAGGAGAUUAGUGCUUGUACUGAGAUUAUCUUCUUAUCGAUAAACUGUAACUGAACCAUCAAAGCUCACACCAAAUUUUUCUAGCAGAUAAAACUAGUGACAGCCUGUGGCUUUUUCUUAGAGCUCGCCACGACCUAGGGUCAGGUAAGUGUCUUAGCAUAUUUUAAUGCAGUUGCUUACUAAAGGUUUUAACCACACGUGCGCACACGCUUUCUUAUGCAAUCUCUGUUUGCACUUGUGCUUUUCAGUUCACCUUCUGUAGGAACUAGAAGUCAUAUGUUGUCUUUAUUGUAGUGAAAUUAUGCAGAUAGAGUUCCAUAUAUUGUAUUUGUUUUGAUAGUAAAUCUUUUUGGAGCAUAUAGAAUGCAGAGACUUUUUUUCAUUAAAAUAAAUGGGUGUUGGUGGUUAAAACUA